CCGACCGAACCCAGCUUACCAUAAACGGGAUCUUCGGCGUGCAUAUUGACUUCAAUGUCGCGAGAUGCUACGAGCAGACUGCGGCAGAGUGUGUGGAAUGGGAGUCUUCCGCUGGAAAUCCGCCUUCACAAAGGAGAUUGUCGGACCUACAACGAAUCCGACCCUUAUAUAAUACAGUUCCCACGAAUAUCGUACCUAGGAUUACUGAUACAUAAGCUGCACGCUUUCUUCUCAAGCAGCCUGAUAUAUCCAGAUGUGGCAGCUUCAGACACAUGGCUAUCCUACGAAGGCGUGCCUCUAAAGUGGCACUAUCCUUUGGGACUACUCUACGACUUGUACUCUGGCGCUGAACCUGCAUAUCCACCAGACACCUCGUCACCAUCACAGAAGUCUGAAUCAACGGAAGAGGAACGCCGACAUUUGCCAUGGAGACUGACUGUACACUUCUCAGACUACCCGAAUGAGCAGCUAGUGAAGCUGGAUAACGAGGACAACAUUCUCCAUGACUUGUUCAAGAACAGCGUAAAAGAGGCGGACUACUUGAGGACCGGGACGGGGAAAACAGUCAUGUUCUUGAGCAAAGAGGACAGCACGCAGCUCUGGGAAGCAGUCAAGCAGCAUGACUUUGCGUUAUACAACCCGAUCAACCAAAAACUGUUGAAUCCACAGGGCGUCAAUCUGCGACACUUGCCUGUCCGUCUUUAUCUUCCACAUGCAGCGUCAGACAGCUUGAAGGAAGAGGCGAGUCCUGGGAGCCUGAGAGUGGUGCAGAGUUUGGUUCCCACCAAUCUUUCUUCACGGCAACCGCAGACUAUUGGCACAGCGUUGAAUUCCAUCUUGCCGACUCUGUUCCCAAGCAGAAGAAGUGCCCUAUUAGCUCAAGCAGUGCUACAUGGCGCUGUCUUACCAUUGAGUGCGAGCGUAGAGGAAUUGAUUCGGGCAACGGCGUAUCUGGACGGUUGGUUGCACAUUGCUGUGGUCAUGAUGGGAUGAAAGGACUGUGCGCCAAAUGACCGAGGAGUUGUUGACAAGACAACCGACUUCGCUAUCCGCACGCUAGAGCCUUGUGGGCGAUCGUUGAGGGUAAUUUCCGGGCUUGCAUCAGUCAUAAAGUCACCAAAAGUAGCGUCUUGAUGAGGCACUACGAGGCAUGGUCAUAUCAAGUAUCGAGUAUCAAGAUGGCGUUCAUAACGAGUUCACAACCUGAGAAUGGCGUAUAGGUCAGUCGACGCCCACUCGCAUGUCCAAUGCUGCCAACGCUCUGCUGUGUCUGUGCCCCGGAUCUUGGCAUAAAGCUUGGUGAUGAUCCCGAAUGCAAGCUAAUCAGGCGCCCAUCCCACGCAUUUUGGCCGUCACUCUGCGCGCGCUAUCUGCGUAGCGCCUUGCGCUGUUGUGACGGCGGCGUGCUUGACGCAAAUGAGGCAUUUCUGCCACGGGCGCUAGGCGUCUCCCCUGCGACCCACGGGCUUCUGGGCGAUUGCCAGUGAGGCAG